UGCAAAUCGCUGGAUGCGAGCUCCUACGUGCACCAUUUGCCGCUAGCUAGCACUAUUAACCUAGAGAGCGCCGGUAUACCGCGUAGCCCAGAGUCGCUGGAUCGCUUGUACUAUGGCCGCAGGGUGACUCGCUCGAUUUAUUAUUUGGCCAUGUACCCGCUCAUAAAUUUGAUGGCUCACUUGGCCACGUGUAUUGGUCAAAUUGUCGUUUAUGUGUACCCGAACGAGAAGUGGUCCAUGUCGGUGCGGGAUUUUUCUAACGACAGCGUCGGAAUUUUUUUGCUUGCUGUGUUUAUCUCUAAUCCAGCGUUUGUCGAGUCCAAAUUUCGUCGACGGGUCCGCGCAUUGUUAUAACA